ACUCCGGUUACGGUCCUAUCGCGCAUACGACAUAAUAUUAUUAUGCGAUAAGCCGAUAACUAUGUGUAUAUGUUGUACGCGUCUCGUCGACUGUUGUGGAAUUCGUCAAUCGCGUACGUUUUUUUGUCAAUAUUGUCGUUCUACGAUUCUACAUCGUCUAUCAUAAGUGUGCGCACUUAAUAAUAGGGCAAUUGGGACAUACAUAUUAAUAUUUUUGUCUUUUGCCCUUCGACCCGGUCUGACAUCACUCGCAUCACGGUUUUCUCUUUUGUUUCGCAGACCAAUAUAAUAUUACUCACAACACGCCCGCCGCGUUAUCACCACUAUUAUUGUUAUUUCGUGAUAACAUCGAGACGACAUUCAGACGUGUUCGACGCUCUCAUAACAUCGUCAUUAAACUCAGUGUUUAGAACGCUCACCAGCGAACAGUUAACUCGCGGUUACUAUAAUAUACACUAAAACACGCCUAUCGUUAAUUGUCGUAUAUAAUAUUAUAGGUAGCAAUUAUUACUAUUACGUCGUCGAACCCGUGUACCCAAUAGUUAUCUACGAAAGAUAGUACGCACACAAUUUACACGUUACGCACACAAAUCCGAACGUUUUGCGCCUUCGACGCGGUCGGCGGUUCUACUACGCGUAUUAUAUUAAUUUUUAUCUAAUCUACAAAACGAAUAUUACAUUCUGCCCGCUGGAAUUCGAAGGUAGCAUACGGACCCGUGUUCUACACUCAUCGCAGUGGUGCGAUGAGCGGUCAGCAUUUAGCAGAUGGUACGGUUGACACCGGAAAUGGUGGAAAUCGUAGCCCAGUUGAUACUAAAUCGCCCACGUCCAUUGAAAAACAACACAGUUACGAGCAAAUAGAUCAUGCUCAUUUUUUGGCCAAUGACAUAGGCACUCUCUAUCUCAAUGACAGGUUUUCUGAUGUCGUAUUGCUGGUUAAUGGUGAACGUUUCCAUGCUCACAGAGUGGUGUUGGCUUCAAGGAGCGAUUAUUUUAGAGCGCUGUUGUAUGGUGGUCUCAAAGAAUCUCAUCAAUCAGAAGUGGAAAUCACUGAUGCUUCGAUAAAUUCAUUUAAAAAACUUCUCGAGUAUAUUUAUUCAGGACGUAUGAACCUAAGUAUAUUAAAGGAUGAAGUUAUCUUAGAAAUAUUUAGUCUUUCCAAUUUAUUUGGUUUCACAAAUUUGGAACUUUCGCUAUGCAAAUAUUUACGCAGUAAUAUCAAUGUUUAUAAUGUGUGCUCCGUGUUUGCUGCAGCACGUUUAUAUCAGCAUAAAGAGUUGGUUAUUGAAGCGUUGAAUUUUACAGACUGUCACGCAUUAGAAGUACUUCAAUCUGAAUCUUUUUUAUCUCUUUCACCUGAAGCACUUCAAGAAGUACUUAAUAGAGAUUCAUUGUAUGCAUACGAGUUGGAUAUAUUUCGUGCAGUUUGUCGUUGGAUUAAAGCAAAUCAAGAUGAUGAAGACCCUGAAGCUAAGAUUAAAGUUUUGUCUGCUGUCAGAUAUCCCUUGAUGAGUUUGGAUGAAUUACUUUCAGUUGUGAGGGAAUCACAACUUGUUAGUUCUGACAACAUUUUGGAUGCCAUACAACUGCGAAAUACAUUACCUUCGCAUAAACUAAAAUUUAGAGGACAACUAAAACCUAAUCUAAAUAUUGCUCAUCCUUCACAAGGCGCUCAGGUAAUGCAAGGAGAAAUGCGUUCAGCGUUAUUAGAAUCUGAUUCUAAUGGGCAUGAUCAUGAGCGGGGCUGUACUAGACAUUUAAUUAAUGAAAGCGACAGUGGUAUUAUGAUAAAGCUUGGUCAUCCCUCAAUUAUAAAUUAUAUAAAAAUGCAACUAUGGGAUAAAGAUCUCAGGUCCUAUUCUUAUUACAUCGAAGUAUCAAUGGAUCAACAUGAUUGGGUGCGUGUCAUUGAUCAUUCUAAUUAUUAUUGUCGAUCAACACAGCGUUUAUGGAUACAUCCUCGGGUAGUGCAAUACAUUCGUAUUGUUGGUACCAAUAACACCGUUAAUAAAUCUUUCCAUACAGUUUCAAUAGAAAUAAUGUAUAAUUCUGAGGAAAUGAAUUUAGUAGACAUCGAAAAAGGAUUAGUAGUACCAAAAUUUAAUGUUGCUACAAUGGACAUGAAUGCUAUUGUUAUUGAUGGAGUGAGUCGUUGUCGAAAUUCACUAUUAGAUGGCAACUGUAAAGAUUAUGACUGGGAUUGUGGUUACACGUGUCAUCAGUUGGGCUCUGGAUGUAUACUUGUCCAACUUGGUCAACCCUAUAUGCUUAGUUCAAUGAGAAUGCUACUUUGGGAUUGUGAUGAUCGUUAUUAUAGUUACUAUGUUGAAGUGUCAGUUAACAUGUGGGAUUGGGAAUUGAUUGUUGACAAAUCAAAAGAGCAUGUUCGAUCUUGGCAACUUUUGCAGUUCAACUCUCGGCCUAUUGUAUUUAUUCGUAUUACUGGUACAUAUAAUUCAGUUAAUGAGGUUUUUCAUUGUGUUCAUCUAGAGGCACCAGCUCAAGUUCCAUUAGACUUAAAUACAGCUGAAGUUGAACAGGAAAUUUCAAACUUACAAGUAACAAACAAAUUAAACAAUAAUGAAUUGGAUGAGCCUAAUUCGUUGGAAACAUCACCAACCACAGAAGCAGAAACUUCAACAGCAGUAGCGGGCAGCCUGAUUAUUUAAACCAUAUAUUUUACUGCAUCAUUUGCUAAUGUUCCUUGCUUAUUUUCCAUAAUAGACUGAAUGUUAUAUCAAAUUGUUAUUUAUUUAUUUUUUCGUAUAAAUUAUACAGUUAUUAAUUUUU